ACAACUAAAGCAAAAUUAGAUUCCAUGGUUAGCACUUUAGAGUAUACACAGAUUUCUUUGGCUAAUUCUACUAACAGAUUUCAUGCACUACAACAUUCACAGUUUGUUGAAAGUAGAGUAUAUGAAGAAGACAUUCAAGCCGAUACUUGUCCUAAAGAGGAAAAAGUACUACAAGAUUCAAAGAUUGAUCCAGGAGUUAUAGCGAAACAAGCUGUGAUGUGCGGUUUAAAGUUAAUGGAAAAUGAAUAUAUGAAGGUGCAAAUUGGUGCAAACAAUUCAGAACAACCAAGAUUUAAAUAUGUUCCCAAAGACAGAUAUAUGAGUAGACCAUUGCCACUAAGGAUUGGUUCAAAAGAAUUUUUAGCAAGUUUAAAUCCAAGCGAAUCGGAAAGCGAAGGGGGUUUCGGUUCUAGUAGAUCAAGAAGUCCAUCUAUUGCAUCAUCACAAUCUAAAAGUUAUUCUCCUUCACUUACAAAUCCAAGUGUUCAAAAAUAUGAUAUAUCCAGUAUUACUAAAGGUAAUAGUAGCAUUUUGGGGCAUUCAAGUGAAGAAGAAGAUGAUAAAAUAUUUGAAAAUUCUGUUGAGCAACACAAAUCUCCUAAUAACAAAACCUCAUCUGAUAUAGAUAAUACAAAAAAUAAAAGGGAACAAUUUCCUACACCUAGACAUAGUUAUCCAAUUUUAUUUAAUGAUGGCCCGCCAUUAUUGGAAGAUUUAUAUGAGGCUGAUAAACCUAAAAAGAAUGACUUAUUUGAUGAUGAUGAUGAAAAUAGCGAUGAAUUGUUUGACGAUAAAUCAAAAGUUAAAAAUAUAGCAAAUAAGACUUCCAUUAUUUUUCAUGGACAAAAUGAAAACAAAUCUCAAGCUGUUAAUUUAUUUGAUGAGGAACCUCCUGAAAUUGAUGAUCUAAAAACUGCUCAAAAUAUUCCAAAAGUUACAAAUUUAUUUGAUGAUGAUUCAGAAGAUGACCUGUUUGCUACUGUAACAAGUAGUCAUAAGAAUCAGGUUAAAGCAAAUACUUACAAGUCAGAGGACACAGUAGGCAUAUUCUCUGACAAACCUCCUGAAAUUAUAAAUUCUAAAUUAAAGGGAGCGAUAAAGAAGCAAAUAGAAAAUAUUAAGACUGAUGUGGAAGAUGAUAUAUUGGAUUCUGAAAAUACUUCCAAUAAUAUCACCCCCAAGGGAACUAAUAUUAAAACACUACAAAAGAAUAACUUAUUUGAGGAUGAUGAAGAUGAAAUCAAAUUUGACACCAACUUGUUUAACAAAAAUUCAUUGCUUAGUGAAACCUCGAAACAAAUAACAUUUAAAUUGUUUGAUGAUGAGCCACCUAUAGAUUUUGAAGCCAGUUCAACAAGUGCAAAGGAUGAAAACAAGAAAAAUAAAUCAUUUAGCAUUGAUAAGAAAUUUAGCUUAUUUAGUGAUUCAGAUGAUGAUGAUAUAUUUGAUAGUUUAAUUAAAAAUGAUAGUUCAGAUAAAUCAAAAUCAAAAGUACAAGUAAAUCCUACAAUAACUCCUAAAAGUGAAAUAAAAAAUAUUGCCUUUGAAGCAUCUUCAAAUAAAAUUGAUCCAAGUACUAAAUUGGAUUCUAAGCAAAAAUCCAAAAUUAAUGAGCUAUUUGAAGACGAUGAUGACUUAUUUUCUACGAAACCUGUAAUAAAUGUAAGCAAAACUAACCAAACUGAAGAAAAUAAUGAUAUUUUGCAAUACAUCAGAAAGCAAGGAGAAUCCUAUAUUAAUGAAAACAAACAUGAUAUUGUAACUGAUAACAAAGUGUUGAAUAAAUUGCAUAGCUCACCAGUAGAAGCAAAAUCAAAUAGUGAUCUUAAUGUAAAAUUUGCAGAUACAAAUAGGGCAGCUGCAAACCCCAUUACUGAUAUUUUUAAUGAAAGUGAAGAUGAUGAUGAUUUAUUCCAAGUGAAGCCUAAACUUGCACCUCCAAAAUCUAUUAAUAUUGUUUCAAAAUCGGAGGAUAAAAAAUUAUUCCAAAGUUCAGGAUCAGAAAAUAAGUUGAUAGAUUCUCAAGCACAAAGCAAAACUAUGAUUCCAAAUACCACAGAUGUGGAACAAGAAAGUAUUAAAGCACCGCCAACAUCUGAAGCAAUUUCUAAAAGCCCAAAAUUGUUUGAGGAAUCAACAAGUGAUUUGAGUGAUGAUGAUGACUUAUUUAAAAUAGGAUCAACUAAAACUGUAAUAUCAAAAUCUUCAAAUGAUGAUGUUAAAAACACAUUGAGUUCUAAUGCAAGCCAUCAAAAAACUGAUUUGUUUGCUGAACCGGAAAACUUAUUACAUCAGAAUAAUAAACUUGUUGACCAUGUUAAAACUAAUGCAAGUUCAAAUCGAACACCAAAUAUUAAAACAAAAAUUGUUGUCAAAGAGCAAAGGGAAAAAUCUUUGUACGAACAAGCUGCAUCAAAUAUAGCUUUAUUCGGUGAUGAACCUCCAAUUGAUAUCUUUGAAGACCUGACAAACUCAAAAAAAUCUGACAACAGUAAAAGAAUUACCUUAUUUGAUGAUGAUGAGGAUGAGCCUGAUUUUUUCCAAGAUCUUUCUAAAACAGUUAACAAUAUUGGAACUAAAGAACCAUUCGGAAUUGCGUUACUUCCGGGAGCGAGGCCCCCGUCGCUGUCCAAAAAACAUGGAAUACCAGAUACUGACCAGUCGGAUUCUAAAUCUGUAACGCCCAUUCCGGAACACGAUGUAAAUUUAUCAAAAAAAAUUGCCGUUGACAGUAGAGGAGAUGAUCUAAUUCAUAAUUAUAAAGAAAUUUCGAAUCGAAAAAUUGAUAGCGAUCAGAAAGAAAGGAAUGGUGAUUUUAUUUCUCAAACCGAAACCUUGCAGAAUUCAGCAGUCAAGGAACGUGUCAGGAUACCCCAGAAAAGGCGACCGCCCAGCAGACGUGCGCGACAAGAAGCAGCUCGAAAAUCUUUAGUUUUGGAAAAUUCCGAUUCAGAAAUCGAGUCUGUGUCUACAGAACAAAACAUACCUCGUGACUUCGCUAAAAGCAUGGACGAAAAUGAAAAAUCACUAAUAAGCAAAAAUUCACAUAUAAAAAGUGCAAAUAAAUUAACUAACGAAUUAUCCAGUGUUAUAAAUUCUUCAUCAGGACAACCCCCUAUAUCUAGUGAUCAUUCGGAAUCAGGUAGCAAUAUUAAAGACGGAACUGAUAUUUUGUCGCCGUCAACUGAAGAGGAUGAUAUUUUUAAAAUAGAUAAAAUAGCUGACGACGAUACAUUGAAGGUAGAUGAAUAUAACAGUAUUUUUAAUGAUUCCGAUGAUGAUGUAGAUGACUUGACCCAUGAUUCAGAAAAUAAAGCAGAAGUAUCAAAAACUGAUGACAUAAAAAGGCAGAAAGAAUUUAAUCUUCUCGAAGCUCUUACACGAAAUACUGAGUCAAAACCAAAUAUGGACGCGAUUGAUGAGAAUAUACUCAAAACUGAUUCUUUAUUUAUACCAGUUGAUUUAGAUAUUAAUUCAGGUGUAGGUUUGAAACCGGUUCCUGAAAAUACUAACAUAGCAGGAAGCAUAUCUCAGAAACAUUCAGAAACAAAUAUUACAGACCUUAAAAAUAAUUCUAGCUUGAGUGCACAAGAAUCAGUAGAAAAUGAUCUUUUUGGAGCUGCUGCCAGUAGUAACAAUGAUUUAGAAGAUAAACUUUCGACACUAGCAAUUGAUGGCUCUGCUGAAGUUUUACAUGCUGCGCAAGUGGGUAAAACGAGCAAAGAUAUUCUAUUUGAUUCGGAUUUAGAAGAAGAUUUAUUCACUGCUAAACCUAUGUUCAUUAGUAAAAAUGCUCAAAAUGUUUCUCAAAGAGGUGAUGUCAAACCCAGGUCGCCGCUGUUGAAUUCUGUUGGGGCAGAUGAUCUGUUUGCUGGUUUACCAAGGUCCAAUAUAAUACUCAGAAAAAAUCGUAAAACAGAUAAUCUUUUCAGUGAUACUGAAGACGAUGAAGAUUUAUUCAAAGUAAAAACAAUCAAAGUAUCUAAGAGUUCAACGGAUAAAGUUUUAAGCAACAGCAAAAAAUCAAGUGUACCAAAAUCUGCAUCAUUAUUCGGUGACAGUGAUGACGAUGAUGAUUUAUUCAAAGUAUCGACUGGAAAAUAUUCAUAG